UGCUGUACAGUAUAGAUUUCAUUCUUUAGGUUCCUUUAUCCCUUCUUUUCUUGGUAACAGAGGAAAGAAGUCUUGUAAGAGGUCCAUAGAGAGUUCUUUACUUGUUUCUUCUUAGGAGGAAACUAAUCUUUGCUUGUUAGCUUUCGUCUCCCUCGUCCCUCAUACAAAUGGAACUGCAGUUCUCCAAUGCCAUUAUCAGGUUAAAAUCUCAGAUUUAAGACCAGUUCAGAAUCACACAGAUAAUAUGGGUGUCAUUAAGGUCAUCGCUGGGCAUCUUGAUGCACUUAUUGGCCCAGGAGUGAUGCUGCUUUAUCCUCUGUAUGCAUCAAUUCGUGCGAUAGAAUCCCCUUCCUCUUUGGAUGACCAGCAAUGGCUAACAUAUUGGGUCUUAUAUUCAUUAAUCACCCUUUUUGAACUCUCCACUUGGAAAGUCCUACAAUGGUUUCCUCUUUGGCCAUACAUGAAGCUUGUGGUGUGUCUCUGGUUGGUUCUACCAACAUUUAAUGGAGCUGCAUAUAUAUAUGAGAAUUAUGUGAGGAAAUACGUGCAGAUUGGGACAUUUGUCAACACAAGCUACCCUGAAGAACAGAGAAGAGUGUUGCAGAUGAUGAGUCUUGAUGCUAGAAAAUCGGUGGAGAGGUAUAUCGAGAAACAUGGACUUGAUGCUUUUGAAAGGGUUGUCAAAGCGGCUGAGAAGGAAGCAAAGAAACACUGAAUGAGGGAGCUUAACGAACUAUGACUCCUUUUUUUUCUACAUUUGUGUGAAAAAAAUUGUUGACAGAUAUAUAUUGGCUUUUGAGGAUACAAACUACUGUGAUGAACCAUAAGGCUGAUAUGUUAAAGAAAUAUGUACCGGAACUGGAAUGAGUUCUUCAAUGUCAAUUCAUCCUUUUCUUGAUAU